AAUAACAAAUUGGACAGUUUCCACCUCUUGAUAACAAAACCACUUUGAAAUUCUCUAAAAAAUCGUGCUAGCAAUGACUAAACAAUUCGGUAGAUCCACAAGACACAAAAUCCUUUAACUGUGCCAUGAACAAAACUAUUGUAGAACACACGAUGUCUACUCUUUAUCCAGAAGGGAAGAAGAGUUUCCUAAAGGAAACAGGUUCAUUCCCAGCCUGUGGCGCCAGCAGUAGGGGCAACAUCUGGCACAGGAACUGGAACAGUCUGAACUUCAGAAUCGUCAAAGUUCCGGAGAAACAGCAGAUGAUGCAUUUAGGGCUGUAUUUGGAAAGGAGCAGCCUGGUCGGGUUAGAUGUUAUGGUAGAUCGGGUGACGACAAGCUCUCUGAAAAAAGAUGAAGAAAUCACCAAGCUUAAACAAAAGCAUGCCGAUAAAAUAACUUCUCUGAAGGAAGAAAUGAAGGAAAUAAUGAGAGAAGAAAUGCGUUGGUUUUUUAGUCAAAUGGUAAAAAACAACCCUGGACUAGAUUUUCAUGAUAUACAAGGGUGUGUUGGAUCUAAUAUUCAUUCACCAGUUGAUGCAAGUAGUGCACAAGCUAUGAGAGGCCAAAAUCUACCAAAUUCAUCUGGCUCAACUCACGCCUCAAAUCUUGAAAAGGUAAUUAUAUUUCCCAAUUUUAAAAACUACCUCAAUCUUAACUUACAAAAUCAUGAUUUCUCCGGUCGUUGUUUGAUGUGUUUUGAGUAUUGGACAAGAUUGAAUAAAGGUCUGUUGGAUGUGUUAGUUGUUUUGCUGUUGAGGUCCCGGGGGCCUCGGGUUCAUUUUUGCUGGUAUCUAGUAUUUCGCUUCUGCGAAAUGAACCGCAGAAGCGGUUCCGCAGAAACGGGUGAGGCCUAUCGCAGAGAAGCAGUCUUAGCUUCUACUGCAGUAGCUGCUUCCCAGACAGGGGGAGGACAUCAGACCCCUGUUGCUCACACACCUGAGCAAGCUGCCCAGGGACUUCAAACACCGGAAGCGUCAGGUGUUAAUCGCGUUCGCGUGAAACCUGACGUGUUCGCGAAGAGCAAAGCCUCACUGGCUUAUGCGAUCGCGGAAGAUUCCACGCAUUUGCAAAGGUCGCGUUCGCGUAGAACAAAAUCCUCCCCCAGCCCAGAUCCCCUUCGCGAUUGCGAGAAUGGCUUCGCGAUCGCGAAGCACAAUGCACCACAUGACAGCUAA